CUCGAUUCAGCCUCGAGCGAUCAGUGGAGACUGAGGGGAAAACAUGUCCAAGGCAGGAUCUUCAUCGUUUGUGUGUUUACUUCUCGUCGGCUGCCUCUGUAGCAGCGGAGCUAUGCCGACUCCACUCGACCAGGAGGCUUUGAAUGACAGACCAGUGAUUGGUAUUUUGACUCAGAUGGUUUCAGAUGAUCGCUUGAAACCUUGGGGGGAAACCUUCAUACCGGCGUCCUACGUGAAGUACGCCGAGUCCGGAGGCAGCAGAGUGAUGCCGAUCAGAUUGACUCACACUGCUGCUGAAUAUGAAAACAUCUUCAAGCAGAUAAAUGGACUGCUUUUCAUCGGAGGAGCUGUAGAUUUGGAGACGUCAGACUAUGCCAGGGUGGCGAAGAUAUUUUAUAGACUCGCUUUGAAGGCCAAUGACGCGGGGGACUUCUUCCCGAUCUGGGGCACGUGCAUGGGCCUGCAGCUCCUGACUGUUCUGGUGGCCGGUGAAUGUCUGCUGACAAACACCACAGCAGAGAACAUAGCGCUGCCUCUCAACCUGACCACAGAGGCUCACUCCAGCAGGAUGUUCCAGGGUUUCUCUGAGGAGUUCAUGAAGAUUUUGACCCAAGAACCCCUGACUGGUAAUUUCCACCACUAUGGAGUGACAGUAGAGAGCUUCCAGGAAAACGCCAAGCUGAGAAAUUUCUUUUCCCUCUUGUCUACAAACGUUGCUGAAAACGAAGCCCACUUUAUCUCAACCAUAGAAGGAAAGAGAUAUCCCUUCUACGGAGUGCAGUGGCACCCGGAGGUGAAUCGUUUCCAGUGGAACAGGAAGUUGAACUUUCCUCACUCCCCUCACGCCGUCCGGUUGUCGUCUCUGCUGGCCGAGUUCUUUGUCAAUGAAGGAAGGAGAAGUUCACAUCGGUUUGACCCUGAGGAAGAGGCCAGGUCCCUGAUCUACAGCUACACUCCCGUCUAUGCUGGAAACAUCACAGGAUAUGAGCAGCUCUACUUCUUCUGAUUCUGCGAGUCACUCUGUGGAUGAACAAAACAAACCUUUCUGUGCAGUUUAUUGUGCAACAUGGCCUUUGAGUCCAGAUCUGUGUGUAACAGCUGUGUGUGUGUCUGUUGUUCAGGACAGUGCAUGUCUGUUACGCUGUGGAGACGUUUCUGCUCCAGUGUUGUUUACACUUGUUUAUAUUUCACAACUUUUAGGUCAAUAAAUAAGUGUUUGACAAAA